CCCUAGAAAAUUGUAAAGAUUUAGAGUAUUUAUGUAUUGGCUAUCAACCAAAUAUAAAAGGAGGUUUGAAAUUUUUGCCAGCCGAAAAACUUACUUAUUUUGGUUGUGACGGAACAGAAUUUAAAGAAAUGUUGAAACCUUUUGAUUAUGACGUUUAUGCUUGGCAAUUGGGAACGCUUAACCAGCAAACUCCAACUGCUCCUUAA